CCUCCGGCCUGGGGCCACCGUGUGUCCUCGCGCCGCCCGUCCGCGCGCAGCCUGGCAGUUUGCCUCUUCCUCGUCCUCCAGCCUGCGUCCAUGGCCACCUCCGCCACCGAGGAGCCCUUCCCUUUCCACGGUCUCCUACCCAAGAAAGAGACCGGAGCCGCGUCCUUCCUCUGCCGCUACCCGGAGUAUGAUGGGCGCGGGGUGCUCAUCGCGGUGCUGGACACGGGGGUCGAUCCCGGGGCUCCGGGCAUGCAGGUUACAACUGAUGGAAAACCAAAAAUCAUUGAUAUCAUCGAUACGACAGGAAGUGGCGAUGUGAAUACUGCUACCGAAGUAGAGCCAAAAGACGGUGAAAUCAUUGGUCUUUCUGGAAGAGUGCUGAAGAUUCCUACAAGCUGGAUAAAUCCCUCCGGCAAAUACCAUAUUGGCAUAAAAAAUGGCUAUGACUUCUAUCCAAAGGCUCUCAAGGAAAGGAUACAGAAAGAACGGAAGGAGAAGAUCUGGGAUCCUGUUCACAGAGUAGCCCUUGCAGAAGCCUGCAGAAAACAGGAAGAAUUUGAUGUUGCCAACAAUGGCUGUUCCCAAGCAAAUAAGCUAAUCAAGGAGGAGCUUCAGAGUCAAGUUGAGUUGUUAAAUUCUUUUGAGAAAAAAUAUAGUGACCCUGGGCCUGUGUAUGACUGCCUGGUGUGGCAUGAUGGCGAAGCCUGGAGAGCCUGCAUUGAUUCAAAUGAAGAUGGAGACUUGAGCAAAGCAACAGUGUUGAGGAACUACAAAGAGGCCCAGGAGUAUGGCUCUUUUGGCACAGCUGAGAUGUUGAAUUACUCUGUUAAUAUUUAUGAUGAUGGCAACCUGCUCUCAAUUGUGACCAGUGGAGGAGCUCACGGGACACACGUAGCGAGUAUAGCUGCUGGUCAUUUUCCAGAAGAACCUGAACGGAAUGGGGUAGCUCCUGGUGCUCAGAUUCUUUCAAUCAAGAUUGGUGAUACCAGACUAAGCACAAUGGAAACAGGCACAGGCCUCAUAAGAGCAAUGAUAGAAGUUAUAAAUCACAAGUGUGAUCUUGUAAACUACAGCUAUGGAGAAGCAACUCACUGGCCAAAUGCUGGGAGAAUUUGUGAAGUAAUUAAUGAGGCAGUCUGGAAGCACAACAUAAUUUAUGUUUCAAGUGCUGGAAAUAAUGGUCCAUGCCUUUCUACAGUUGGUUGUCCAGGUGGAACUACAUCAAGUGUGAUAGGUGUUGGUGCUUAUGUUUCACCUGAUAUGAUGGUUGCUGAGUACUCCCUGAGAGAGAAACUACCUGCGAAUCAGUACACGUGGUCUUCUCGAGGCCCCAGUGCUGAUGGGGCCCUUGGCGUGAGUAUUAGUGCACCAGGAGGAGCCAUAGCUUCUGUGCCGAACUGGACACUGAGGGGCACGCAGCUGAUGAACGGGACGUCCAUGUCUUCCCCCAACGCUUGUGGUGGCAUUGCCCUAGUGCUUUCAGGUCUGAAAGCUAAUAAUGUUGACUACACAGUUCAUUCAGUCAGAAGAGCCCUAGAGAACACGGCAGUGAAGGCUGACAAUAUAGAAGUGUUUGCCCAAGGACAUGGUAUUAUUCAGGUUGAUAAAGCCUAUGACUACCUCAUUCAGAACACAUCAUUUGCUAACAAGUUAGGUUUCACUGUUACUGUUGGGAAUAACCGUGGCAUCUACCUCCGAGAUCCUGUGCAGGUGGCUGCACCCUCAGAUCACGGCGUUGGCAUCGAACCUGUGUUUCCAGAGAACACAGAAAAUUCUGAAAAGAUAUCCCUUCAGCUCCAUUUAGCUUUAACUUCAAAUUCAUCUUGGGUUCAGUGUCCCAGCCAUUUGGAACUCAUGAAUCAAUGUAGACACAUAAACAUACGUGUGGAUCCCAGGGGAUUGAGAGAAGGAUUACAUUACACAGAGGUGUGUGGCUAUGAUAUAGCAUCCCCAAAUGCAGGUCCUCUUUUCAGAGUCCCGAUCACCACAGUGAUAGCAGCAAAAGUAAACGAAUCAUCACAUUAUGAUGUGGCCUUUGCAGAUGUACACUUUAAGCCUGGUCAGAUUCGAAGGCAUUUUAUUGAAGUUCCUGAGGGUGCCACAUGGGCUGAAGUUACCGUGUGUUCAUGUUCUUCUGAGGUGUCAGCCAAGUUUGUUCUUCAUGCUGUACAGCUUGUGAAGCAAAGGGCGUAUCGAAGUCAUGAGUUCUAUAAGUUUUGCUCCCUUCCAGAAAAAGGAACACUGACUGAAGCGUUUCCUGUCCUUGGUGGAAAAGCAAUUGAAUUCUGCAUUGCUCGUUGGUGGGCAAGUCUUAGUGAUGUCAAUAUUGAUUAUACCAUUUCUUUCCAUGGGAUUGUGUGUACUGCUCCUCAGUUAAACAUUCAUGCAUCGGAAGGAAUCAACCGUUUUGAUGUUCAGUCCUCCUUGAAAUAUGAAGAUCUGGCUCCUUGCAUCACUUUGAAGAGCUGGGUCCAAACAUUGCGCCCAGUAAGUGCAAAAACAAAACCUUUAGGAUCAAGAGAUGUUUUGCCAAAUAAUCGCCAACUUUAUGAGAUGAUUCUGACGUACAACUUCCAUCAACCCAAAAGUGGAGAAGUAACCCCAAGCUGCCCACUGCUCUGUGAAUUAUUAUAUGAAUCAGAAUUUGACAGCCAGCUGUGGAUUAUUUUUGAUCAGAACAAAAGACAGAUGGGCUCAGGUGACGCCUAUCCGCAUCAGUAUUCUUUGAAACUGGAGAAAGGAGAUUAUACGAUUCGCCUGCAGAUUCGUCAUGAGCAAAUCAGUGAUCUGGAGCGUCUGAAAGAUCUUCCAUUUAUUGUUUCUCAUAGGUUGUCUAACACCUUGAGUUUAGACAUUCAUGAAAAUCAUAGCCUUGCACUCUUAGGAAAGAAGAAAUCCAGCAGUUUGACAUUACCACCCAAAUACAACCAGCCUUUCUUCGUUACUUCCUUACCUGAUGAUAAAAUACCCAAAGGGGCUGGACCUGGAUGUUACCUUUCAGGAUCCUUAACAUUAUCAAAGACUGAACUUGGAAAGAAAGCUGGGCAGUCUGCUGCAAAACGACAAGGAAAAUUUAAAAAGGAUGUAAUCCCUGUUCAUUAUUAUUUAAUACCUCCACCAACAAAGACUAAGAAUGGCAGCAAAGAUAAAGAGAAAGAAUCAGAAAAAGAGAAAGAUUUAAAAGAAGAAUUUACAGAAGCAUUACGAGAUCUUAAAAUUCAGUGGAUGACAAAGUUGGAUUCUAGUGACAUUUAUAAUGAAUUGAAGGAAACAUACCCUUCUUACCUUCCUCUGUAUGUUGCACGACUUCAUCAGUUGGAUGCUGAAAAGGAACGAAUGAAAAGACUUAAUGAAAUUGUUGAAGCUGCAAAUGCUGUUAUCUCACACAUAGAUCAGACGGCUCUAGCGGUUUAUAUCGCAAUGAAGACUGACCCCAGGCCUGAUGCAGCUAUUAUCAAAAAUGAUAUGGACAAACAAAAAUCCACCCUCGUAGAUGCCCUUUGUAGAAAGGGCUGUGCGCUGGCCGACCACCUUCUUCACACCCAGGCCCACGAUGGGGCCGUUUCAAGUGACGGAGAAGGACGAGAGGAGGAAGGGGACAGUACGUUGGAUUCUCUGUCCGAAACAUUUUGGGAAACUACAAAAUGGACUGAUCUCUUUGAUAAUAAGGUUUUGACAUUUGCAUACAAGCAUGCAUUAGUUAACAAGAUGUAUGGGAGAGGCCUUAAAUUUGCUACUAAACUUGUGGAAGAAAAGCCAACAAAAGAAAACUGGAAAAAUUGUAUUCAAUUGAUGAAGUUACUUGGAUGGACCCAUUGUGCAUCUUUUACUGAAAACUGGCUUCCCAUCAUGUAUCCUCCUGAUUAUUGUGUGUUCUAAUAUAGAAGCGCAAACUUUAAAUUAAAAAAGGAAAGUUUUAUAGUGAAUGGAUAUAAGAAAAAAUUUGUGGCGUUUUUAGUCUAAUGCAUGUUUUCAUCCACCACCAAAUGCUGAUUAUUAAAAUGGUGUGUAUUUAUCAGAGACUUCACUGACUUGUGGCUUAGUACAUGUAAAUCUAGACCUCUUCCAUCAUGCUGUUUUCUUAAUGCUUCACAUUGCUGGCAGGGCGGUGUGUCCUGCCUGCCAGGGGCUCGCAUUUUGAGUUGGGUUGCAGCUUAUUACAUGCAUGAGAGAUUUUAAACAUUAACUUUUAACUGCAAACCUGUAAAAUUCUAUUUUUUAUUUUAUAAACAAACAGGGUUUUAACAUGCUCAACUCUAAUUUUUUUCAAAUGUAUGAAGGCCUUAAAAAAGCUACAUUAAGCGUAGCUAAAAUUAUUUAUUGGACUACAAAUUAACAACCUCACUUCCAGAUUUUUUUCUUUUGCAAAUGUUUACAUUCAAUUAAGAAGAAAAAAUAAAAUCAGCAUAAGUGUGUGGCAAUUGCGUGAGUUUAACUGCUUCCAUAAAUUUUCAUCUUCAGAAUUACAGGCAAGUUGUGCUCUAUAACCUCUUGAAGUGCAAGGCAUCAGAUUGAACAGGUAAUACAUGUGUAAGUGCCAGAUAGCAAUCUUAUUGAGCAAUGUAAAAAUAUACAUAUGGUAUGUUUAUUAAAGUCAAAAUAAUGUAAAACACAAGAAAUAAUGUGCAGAACCAAGGUCAUAGUACACCUUAUGCACUCUGAUACUUUCAUUUUUUUUAUAAAUAAUAAAAGUGAAUAUUGAAGCUUC